AUGCCUGAUCAGCGGGUCUCAAAAAUCACCGUCGACGGUACUGGCAGGCGUUCUCUGUUCCUGGACCUUGCGGACACGGAACAAGGCGGAGCAUCCGAGGAAAGCGUGCUGCUUGAAGGAAGUCUGGGAGGACUGGCCCCUCCACCAGUGCUAACUGCCAGGCUGCCGCUUGUGCCCCUUCACAGGCUCUGCUUGGUUCUCUCCGGCUGCCUCCUGCUUGCUGGGGUUGCGACUACAGGCCUCCCUUUGAAGCAGGCCAAUCCCUGGAACCUCCUCGGGCUCUUUCUGCCGAACCUGGGGCACGUCGAUCCCCACGGAGGGUGGAUUGCUGACACCUGGGAUCACUUCCAGCUGCCCCGAUGUGACUCGGGGCCCAUGCCCGGUGCCAAGCAGCGCAUCGCCUACUGGGUCAAUGAAUCGGUUUGGGUGCCGCGGCAGCCAGAAAAGAUCAUGAAGGGAAAGUUCUGGGUCUUUGGCAACGAAUCGGAUGGAGGUCACUGGGUGCCAGAACAUACCGAGCCGGCGGUUCCAGGCCACUUCAUCUCGAAGUCGGUCAUGCACCACAAAUGGGUGCCGCAAGCAGCACGAUACUUCGGGGUCGCAUACUCCACAUACCACGUCUAG